AAGUGGUGACCAAGAAUAGCAGUGCUCGAGCCGUAAGGUUUACCAACAUGAUGCCUAACACCAACGUCAUGGAGCCAGCAAGGAGCAAGCAUGAGCGGAAGCGCCAGGAAUAUCCUUGCCACCGGCAUUAAUCGUCCUUGCCUCUGUGUCUUGGCAACGGAGGAACCGAACGAAAGGAAUGGCACAACGCAAUUUCCAACGAGCCUCACCACUAACACUUCUAGUCCAAGAUGUCUGCGUGUGAUCUCGGUACCGAUGGCCUCGUCCUCUCCACUGUGAGUCUGCAUAUCGACAAUAUCGUUCCCCACAACUCCAUCACCUCCAUCGAAGCUCAGAAGGCUGCAGCCGAAUCGGUUGCCAACUCAAUUGACAAACCCUCGAAUGGGAGUCCCAAGCAACUCCCAACUCUCAGCAGGCAGGAUUCGUGGGCGCACCUACAGAUCAAAGACCGUAUGCAGUGGAUGGAACACUUCAAGCAAAACAAGCGUGGUGGGUUGAUCUUCCAAGACCGAGAGACGCUCAAGAAGCAGCAGGGGGUCGUCAAAGAGGUCAUGAUGCAAGUCGGUUCGCAACUUUUAUCAGGCAAACUGGCCGUGCGAAUCUCACUGCCAAUUCGCAUCUUCGAGCCUCGAUCGCUACUUGAACGUGUAGCAGACGGAUGGAACUAUGCUCCUACUGUGCUCAAGAAGGCAGCACUCAGUGGUUCGGAUCCGAUUGAACGGAUGAAGUUUGUGAUGGCGUUUGUAUCGGGUGGUCUGCACUUCUGUGUCGGUCAGUUGAAGCCGUUCAACCCCAUCUUAGGAGAGACCUAUGAGGCCACGUAUCCUGACGGCACACAAGUGAUCAUGGAGCAUGUAAGCCACCACCCCAUCAAAUCUGCGUUCACAGUUGUGGGUCCUAAAGGGCUCUACAGAAUGUCCGGAGUCUACGAGUUCGAAUCAGUCUCGACUCGUAAUUCUCUGACCAACUACCAGAACGGAUCGGCAACAAUCACAUUCCACGAUGGAGUGGUCAUCACGUUCACGAUGCCCCAGAUCAAGAUGAGUGGCGUCCUAUUUGGAGACCGAGUGGUGGAAAUCGGUGGUUCUUCAAAGUUCGAGGACUCUACCAACCGCCUUGUGGGCGAACUCAACUUUGACGCGAACAACAGUUUCUUGAAAAAGUCACAGAGCGACGACAUCAAGGGAUGCAUCUACCCCGCAAAGAAAUCUGCCAAGCAUGCAGUGGCGACUGUAAAUGGUUCGUGGCUAUCGCACCUCCAGUUCGACGGCAGGACUUAUUGGCACGUGGAGUCUGAGCCAGCGUUUGAACACACACCCGUCGAUAAUCCGCUCCCGUCGGACGUACGCUAUCGCGAGGAUAUCAUCGCCUUGAAGAACGGCGAUGAAGAGUUGGCGCAGUCCGAGAAGUUGCGACUAGAAGCUCUGCAGCGAGCGGAUCUCAAGAUGCGCGAGGCCUGAACUAUUUAACAUGCGUGUACACAUUGCACAAAGUUCAUCAAAGUGUCUGAAUGCUCUCUAUUGUGAAGCGAUUAAUGGCGGAAGAAAUAUAUCCAACAUGCAAAAAAGCU